AUGCAGACGUGUCUCGUCUCUGCCCUCCGUCUCCUCGGCUUCCUCGCCCGUAACCAGCGUCGAGAAAAUGGAAGGCGGCUUCAGCAAAGCCUUGCUGAUGAUCGCGCAAAAUGGAACGGAGGUUGUUGCCAAAAUCCCCUGUCCGACGAUCGUUCCGGCGAAAUACAGCACCGCGUCAGAGGUUGCUGUCUUGGAACACGGCACCACAUCCGCUCCGUUGUCGGCCUGCAUCUAAUGUGUCCAGUGAAAUCUCACACUUCAGUCCCCGUGCCGAAAGUACUUGCGUGGUGUUGUGAUGCAUCUGAUCCCGUCGGGACGGAAUAUAUCCUCAUGGAGAAAGCCAAGGGACGCCCACUGGUCGAGGUAUGGGGCGAGCUGGAUCAGCUGCAAAAGAUCCGAGUCAUCCAAAACCUGGCAUAUUUGGAAAGCCAGCUGGCCUUGCAGAGGUUUCCGGCGUACGGGGGUCUUUAA